UAACAAUUCGUACAACCCUUGAUUCAUGUUUCUGUAGUAAAGUGUACGAUUGUUUUGUGUAGAAUAUUUUUAUAUUAUUAUUUUUUUAACAUAUCUUGUGCAAUUUAAUCAUAUGAAAUAUGUCAGAUUUAAAAAUAUGUAGAAUAUGCUUACGUACGGAUGCAAAAGUAUAUAAAUAUGAACAAUUUAAACUUGGAUCUAUUUAUGAAGAAUUUUUGACUUUAGAUGCAAAGGAACAGGAUAUGUUGCCUAAAUAUUUCUGUUUUGAAUGUGCAAUAUUGUUACAUAAAUUUCACAAAUUCAAAGAGAAAUGUUGCAUUGGAAGGAAAAUACUCGAAGAAAUGUGUCACAAAGGCCAGAUCACUUACGAUUUAGUCAACUGUGUAGAUAGAACAAAACUUAACCUCUUACAUAAAUCUCCAUUAGAAAGAAUCGUAUUAGCUUAUAACAAUGAUGAGACCUCUUCUAUUGAUGAUAAUGUGAUAAUUAAAGAAGAAGUCAGACAACAUAAUAAACUAGCAAAGAUAGAAGACAUGCUUGAUAACAGCACUGAUGAUACAACAUUCGAUGACAGAGACUCUGAAAUUAAUAUAACAAAUGUAAAAAAAUCAAUUCCAAAACAACAGACAAUCAAUAAAAAGAAGCAUAAACUCCAAAUUCAAAAGGAUGUCAAAUUUAAAAAAAGAAUACAAACUAAAGAAAGACAUUGCAAAAACAAAGAGCAAAGUAAAGUGAAAACAGGAAUUAAAAGAUUGAUUUUAAUGGACGGCAACAAAUGGAAGAAGUAUGAACUGCCUGAAGAUGAUGCUUUACAGGAGUUUCAAGCGAAAGCGUUUGAUGAUAAGUACACAAGCGCUGCUUACAAAUGUACGGACUGUUUUAAGGGAUUCUCUGAAGAGGACAUGUUGAAGCGGCACAUCAAAAUUAGACAUAGUGAGUCGAAAGGAGCGAUAGAAUGCCAUUUCUGUCGCAUGCGGUUUAAAAGGAAAUGCAGAUUACGCCAACACAUAAGGGAACACUACACUAAGUUUAAAUGCCUUCGAUGUAACUUUAUAUGCGUUCUCGAGAGCACAGCUUUAAGUCACGAACAGUACCAUAAUGGCGUCACGAGGAAAUGCAAGUACUGCGGCAAAGAGUUCAGAUAUUCCUCAACGUACUACACACAUUUGCGCACACAUAGAAGCCAGUAUGUGUGUACAUUGUGCGGAUCUUCGUUUGUGAGCGAGGCUGGCUUGCAUCAACACAAACGUGUUAAGCACUGCACUAAUGAUAUCACGAAUCAAGAAGACGACAAAGAAGUGAACAAGUAUUGCUCGCGUUGCAACAUCUACUUCGAGACUAGCAAGGCGUACGAGGAACAUUUAUACCAUUCGACAAUGCAUGCUGAAAUCGAGGAAAACGAUACAGAGAAUGAUAUUACAAAACCGUUGAAGGUAUUCGAGAAAACCGCCCCGGAAAAGAUAACAAGUUUAUUCAAAAAACGAAAGAUCGAUGAUGUUUCGUUCAAAUCAGGGAAGAGAUGCAAGAAGCCAACGACUUGUCAUCAGUGUGGGAAACAUUUCAAUAGCCAAUCGGCAUGUAUGAAGCACCAUUUGGAGGAGCAUCCGGGGACCUCCUUCUGCCCCCCCAACCAGAGGCAUAUCUGUGAAAUAUGCGGUGCGUCGCUUGCUCCCGGCAGUGUUGCCGUCCAUAAGAACAUGCACACCCGCGAGAAGAUAUUCGCCUGCGAGACUUGCGGACGACAGUUCUACGAGAGUGUCGGUCUGAAACGACAUAUGUUGACUCAUACAGGAGAAAAGCCGUUUGCUUGCACCUCUUGUGACAAACGUUUUACACAAAGCGCGAGUCUGAAGCUGCAUUACAGGACAUUUCAUCUGAAGCAACCUUAUCCUAAAAGAAAUAGAAGAAAAAAGGAGUAACCUAUACAUCCUAAAAAGGCUGAAUGAAGAAUUGAUUCAAUGGACACUGUGUCAAGCAAUAUUAACA